CAGGCUAUUUGGGAUAAAAGGAAAAGGAAAAGGAAGAAUUCCAAACCCUUGUGGAUCGUGGGCCUUUAUUCCUGGGGCUCCCUCAACUCAGACGGACCUCCACGAAAUACAACUCAUAUGUGACGCUAUACACCAUAUAUCCAGUCCUUGACCGGCCACACCGAGACUAGAACGUCAUGGAAAUCCAAGAUGUGCAGUUGACAGCUCCAGCUACUCAGUUCAUCCUAGUGGAGUCUCGAGGGGAAUCCUACGCUCCCCCUAUCAUGGGAUCAGUGACCAUCACAGUACCAUCGCCUGACGCCCAAUCCCUAGAAGCCUGCACCGUCAGUAUAGCGCUCACACGAGCCGUGGGAUUCAAGACACACCGACCCUCCUCAACCGAGAAAAACGACCUUCUACUCCAAAAGAUCCUACGAAGACGGUCCAUCCGAAAACGGUCCAGUGCUUUCCAUGAGCCCGCAGUGUGCGCCAAUAUAGAGACCCUAACGCAGUGCAAUCUCUGGCAUGCCCCUGAGAAAAUCGAACACAACCACGAUCAUGGCACCACGGACUUGCACUUCGCUUUUGCAAUCCCGAUCCCUCAUAGCCUCCCAGCCUCGACAGACACCAUGCUCGGGAAACUCUCUUAUGCGAUCAAAGCCAGCGCCCGUUCGGCCUCGGGGAGGUCAAUAGAUACGAUACGACCGAUUCGGAUCCAGCGGUGUCUUGUUCCGCAACAUAUUGAGACGGCUCAUCACUCGCGAAACUUUGCCGGCGAAGAAUUCGCGACGGAGCUGCGGAUUACGCCGCGGGAAUCGGUGGACCAAGGUAUCAAGACUGCCUAUUCUGCGGAAUUAGUCGCCUAUGGAACCAUCACGGAAGGGGUACGGAAGACGGAGGUGAAACAUGCUGUGAUCAAGGAGCUCAAGUGGAUGGUUGAAGAGACAGUCAAGGGGCCGUGUCCUUCGAGUCAGGAGGAGUGCUGUCAGAGUCAGCAUAUACGCCAGCUUUGCGAAGGGAAGCGAAAGGGGAAUUGGAAACCGAUGGGUCAUUCACCAGGGAUGACAGAGAAGGGAGAUAGGAUCGAGAUUCUAUUCGACGUCAGCAUACCCAGGAGUGCGGGCGCGACAGACGAGCUGGAACCCUGCGAAGAAGCCGCCGGGCUCAGCGUCAACCAUCGACUGCGAUUGGAUAUAGUCACCGGGGAGGAUACCUUUGAUCAGGCGACAGGGAGGCUGGUGGAUCGUCGACCUCGGAAGAAAUCUUUUGUUUCGUUCUUUGCGCUCCCAGUGCUGGAAUUUGCUUCGAGAGAGGAUGCCACAAGUGGUUCUUUCUCUGUAAGCAACCUGCCAAACUAUACAGAUUCAGUCAAGCCUCCUAAUUACGAAGUGAUGGAAUAA